AUGGAUCCGUCUGAAAUAAAGAUGAGAACAGAAAUAAGAAGGUGUCGUCGUUGUAAAAGAAAAAGAUUAGAUGAUGAACCAUUAGAAGUGAAACAAUAUAAAACCUGUGCCAAGUGUAGAAUCAUAGAACGAAAUAAGAAAAAUUCUAGAAAACCACUAGCUGAAGAAACAAUGUUAUAUGGAUUAAAACAAUUUAGAGAACAAGCAUCAACUGAAAAUUAUAUUGAAGAAGAAGGAUUAUUAAAAGAUGAGUUUUUCAAAAGAUAUCAUAACCAACCAUUUAAUUAUGAACGAGAAAUUGAAAGAUUAUACAAUAGUCCAAAUCAUGUAGCACCAAUGAUCAUAAAUAACCCAAAUGAAACAUUGAUACCGAAUGAAAGUACAUCACCAGGGCCAAAAUAUCAAUUAACAUUAAGACCAGUUGAUCCAACAGAAAAACCACCAAAACAAUCAAAGAAAAGGCAACAACGAGAACAAUUGGAACGUGAAUAUCACCUUCGUCCACCUCAACCAUCCGUACCAGUUCAACAACAACAACCAAUACAACCUUUUAUACCACCAGCAGUUACAAAUAAUCAUCAUCAUCAUCGUGUGAUACAAGAACAACAACAUAAACCAAUUGAUCAUCUACAACGUCAACAAUUACAACAACAACAGCAAUAUCAACAACAACAAAAUCAAUAUAAAUAUCAGAAAUUAAAUCAUAAAGGUGAGGAGCUAGAUAUAUUUGAAGAAUUAGCAAAAUUGGGAAAUUCUAAUGAAGAUAUACUGGAUAAAUUAAAAGUAGAUCCGUAUUCGUUAGCAAAUGUUUACGAUGAUUUUGAAAAAUAUUUAUCAAAAAUCUUAGAAAGUCGAUUUAACAACAAAGAUGUUGAGAAUCUAGUAUAUUUAAAAGAAUUUUCACCUGAGUUUACAUCAAAUUUAUCCAAAAUUGAUUUAAAGGUAUUGGAAAACGCAAAAUCAGAUUCAACAACCCCCACUCCACAAGCUAAUGCAUUAUAUUCAAAUCCUAACUUAAGAUUGAACGAUAGACAAAUAAAGGAAAAUAUUUCAAAUAAUCUUAAAGCUAUAUUUAUUGAUUUAAUAAUUGCCAUUAAUAAUUUAGAAUAUAAUAUCAAAUACUCAAAUGUUAACGAUAUGAGAUUAUCAGCCACUAUGUCAGAUUCAAUAACUACAAGUUAUAAAAUAAGUUCAACUAGUGUAAAUGACAAUGAUCAACUUAAAAAAAUUAAAACAUCAACUAUAAGUUUAAAUUUUAAUAAGAAAUAUAAUAUUUUAAUAAUAAAAUUCAAUCAUAUAAAUUAUAAACCUAGUGAUAUACAAUAUACCAAUGAAUUCAAAUCAAUAGUUCGAGUUACUUAUGAAAAUUUAUUAGAAGAAAAAGAAAAAACAAGCUCGAAAUUAGCAACUUGGAAAUUGGAUUUUAGUUCAUUAACUGGUAAUUUAGUUUAUGAAAAAUUAAUAAGUACUCAACAGCCUUAUUCGGAUGAAGGUAAGGAAUUUUUGAAAAAUUUGAGUAAGGAUAUAUUCAUAAGUGAUUUUAUUCACUUUAAUGAAAAAUUGAAAAUAGAUGGUGAUGAUGACAUUAAAGUUAGUGAUAAACCAGAAGGAGAACAACAAGAUGGAACCAAAUUGAAAUUGAAAUUCAGCACCAAGAAAUCUAAGAAAGAUAAUGAGGAACUUGAUCUUGAUAAGAUUGGAAUAACUGAAGAUGUAUUAGUUAAAUCAUUAUUAGGAAAAGAAAAUCUUGGUAUAGAAGAUGCAAGUAUAGCACCAGGAGCCGAUGAAGAUGAAAGUAUGGCAGAUGCUGAAUCAGAAGAAGAAGAUUUCAGUGAUAUAGUUGCACCUGAAAAUGAAGAUGAAGAAAUUGCAGAGGUAGAAGAGGAUCAAGAAAGUGAUAGUGGAGGUGUUGAACUUAUUGGAGAAGUAAAUAAUAAAGAAAAUGGUACAAUAAAUGGGAAUAGUGAUGCUGAAUUUAGUAGGGAAGGAUUUUUAAAACCAAUCAUUAAAGAAUCAACAGCAGAUGCAUUAGAUCCAAUACUCAAGCAUAAUGUAGUUAUGUAG